AUGCUCUGCUACCGGUGCCAGCGAUUCAGCUUACACAAAUUAACGCGUCUUCGUCAGCAAACCGGUACCUAUCCACUGACGCACGCCCACCAGGGCGCCAAGGCUGGAUGCUCCUUUUGUUCUCUGCUGGAGCAACCUGUCGACAAAAGCCAGCAGCACUAUGAAUCCGAGAGGCGGAUGCGAAUCUACCUCGAAUGCCAGAUUGAUCUGUCCCAGAACUCGUACGGCGAGCGCCUCUCGCUGCCGGCUGGCCAGUCUUCCCGGCGCGAUGAGUUUUCCCUCGAGGCUCGUCAACCUUUCGACGGCCAAGCACCAGCCCGAGCGUCUCUGGUGGAUGUAAUCAUGUCCAUAUCCCAUGGUUACUUCUCGACAAUAGGCGGCAAAAACUACAUCUUGACUGACAAGGUUCGGUUGAGUGAGCACAACUUGACCACGGUAGAGUUGAAUCAGUUUGUAAAUGUCGCAAGCAAGCAGUUGCAGGUCCAACUGAACAGGCCAUGUAAGGCUUUGUAG